CCGAGCCCACCCGGCUGCUCGGCCCCCGGAAGGCGGGCAGGAUAUAACGCCCGGCUGAGGCACUGUCAACCUUCUCGCCAUCUGAAUGGGAGCAGAGGCGUCCCGGCAGGCGGGACAAAUUAGCCAAGAUGUCCGCAGUUUCGAAGCAUUUUGGACUGAAAUACAAAGAAGAGUCCUACAUCUUUAAAGAGCUUGAGAGGAUUCGACAGGAAACUAAAAAAGAUCUUCUCCAAUUCCAGCAGAAGUUGGCCCCCAAGCCGGCUGUGGAUGAAACUUCAGUGUGCGGCCUCCAGGCCCCGGGCCCUGCCCCUCCUGGGGAGAAGGGCAGCGCCGCCUACGAUGGACCCCAAAAGCCAUCAGGGUCCCCUCGAGCUAAAGGCCCUACGACCCUCACUGCGGCCCUCCUGCAGCAGGCGCCUCGAGGCGCAGCGCGGCCUCCGGCCCCGAGCGAGGAGGCCGCUCUGGGAAAGACCCGGCGGUUUCGCCCCCAGGACUUCUACUUGCGGAGCUCUGCGUUCCUCCGGCACCCGCUCCCGAAAAAACCGCCGGUCAUCGCCUCCAGGGCUGGCACGUCCAGACCGUUAGUCCUGAUGCCGCCCCCUGCGGCAAGGGAGAGGCCCGGGGCGCGCCUGGGCGGGAGGAGCCCGCGGCCCACGGGUCCCAAACCCGUCCCGCACGCCGGCCGGGAGCGCGGCGUGAAAGAGGGCAGGGCUCUGCCCGCAGAGGCCCGCCAGGCCAAACCGAGGACGCGCAGCUCCAUUUCCAGCCGGGAGGGCGACGCGGAGGCCGGCGGCCUGCGGAGGAGAGCCAGGGCUCACAGCCGACCGCUCGGGUCAGUUUCCGAAAGCCAGCGGGGGAGCAUCCGGCUGGGCGGCUCGCGGGAGGCCGCCCGGCAGGCCGCUCAGCCCGUGCGAGUGAUCCCGACUUCCAUAGAGGAGAUAAUCGCCUCCUUGCAUUCGGAGGCCCAGCUGGCCUCCGACCAGACCGUCAAAGAGCUCAUCCAGAGUGUCCUCGGCGAGAACUACGACAUUAAAAUGGAAGAUAUAUCUUUAAUGGGGAAAGUGUACUGGCACAAGCCGUCUCAAGUGCAAGCAGAGCAAGGAUUACAGAUAAAUCUUGAGGAACCUCAAAUGAAUAUGCUUGAGGAAAUUCCUAAAGCUAUCUCAAGUAUUUUCCAGCUUGAACAAGAAGAUGUGUUAGAGUGGGGAGUCUCAGAAGCAGGAAGCACAGUAUGUAAAUCUCAGGAAACUCUGGAAGUUCGGCCAGCAGAUGAAUCAAGUAAACCUUUGAAAGACGAACAGCCCACAGGUGAUUCCAAAGCAGCCAAACAGGCAUCUUUAAAGGCGAAAUCAUCAGAAUUUCUGCAAAUUAGAGGAAAAGAAGUUAAGCGAACACAAAAAAAUAAAUUAGGAAUUCCGCAACAGAGACAAGGAAGGUGUUCAAAACCCUCGUGGGAUCAAAAACUACCGAAAAAAAAAAUUCUGCAAGACUACCGCUUUCCAACCCUUCAUGAUUUGUGCACCACUGUCCCAGCCCAGGAGCUGCCUGUUAACUUGCACUUGGCUUCUCGAGUGUACCAUACAGCUGACAAGAAAGGUCACAAUACAUUGCUUACGAUAUUGGGAACCUCUUUCUUAGAUAAUCACUUAACAGAUGAAGAGCGAAGAGACAGAAUGCUGCAAGGAAUUCCUGUUGUGGAUCACAAUCAAGACUAUGUUCCAGUCCUCCCACCACCACCAGUGGUACUACCUCAGCUGACACAAGGAACUAGACAACUUGCUUCCAAACCAUACCUACAACUCUUGGGAGAAGAAGUGUCUGCUUAUCCAGGAUGUACGAAGUUGUUUUGGAGUCUAACUUCACCCAAAUUCUCUGCCCCAGUAUCUGUUAUGAAGGAAACUCUAUAUCCAGAAUAUGAGAGUAUUCAAACAAGCAGAAUUUUAACUGAGAGAUUUUCAGCUGAAAGCAAGGAAAGUGUCAUUAUUUUAAAUCAGCAUAGCAGAAGUACUAGGUUUUUUUUCCUAAGAAAAUCUGCAUCAUUUGAAAAUAUCCAAAAAUGUUUCAGUACACCAUUGCCACAAUUAAAGAGAGUAAAAUCUGCAGUUGAAUUGAAGAAGGAGGAGGAGGCCACAAUGCCAAUAGAGAUUAAGGAUGACAUGCAAAGCAAUAUAAAAGACAUUGCAUUUCAGAAAGCAAAGCAGUUGGAGGAUUGGAAGGCUCAGCAAAAUGAAACUGAAGAACCCCUUGAGAAAGAAAAUAUAGAUACCAUCUUAGAUAACAUUCAAGACAGAAGGAGUUUGAGAGAUCUGUCUCUCUCUCUCAUUGAAGCAUCUAAAAAAGCUGGCAUUAGUUACAUUGUUUAUCCCAAGAAAAAGAAGACGAGACUGAAGAAAAGAUUGAAGCACAGUAAACUUACAACUGUGUAUGAUGAAUUAUCCAAGCCUCCAAAAGUGCUUAAAAGAUCAACAUCUCACGGAAUCCUUCCUGGACAGAAGAAAUAUUUACUCAAAGUUCCAUUAUAUGAAUGUAAACUUCCUUGUCCCAGUCUACCUAUGUGUUUAAAUUUUGAUGAAUUUGUCCAAAGUAAGGGAGGAAUUCCAGAAAAUUGUGACCCUCGAAUGUGGGCUCUUGAUAUGUUCUCUCACGAUAAAAAUCAGAAGACAACCACACAAAAGAAAGUUGUUAAAAUAUCUAUCCAGAAAGCCUCAUCUGAAAGAAUAAAAGAACCACCAAAAAUAGAAUUGAGUGAUUCUUUGAAGUCUAGUCUUUCUCCAGAAGUUAUUAAACAUUACGAAUCUGAAGUGGAGAUCCUGACUAAAGAAAUAAAUGAUAAGAAAACAUACCCUGCAUUUGCAUAUUGUAGGCGUGGAGCUAUUUAUAGGAAACUAGGAAAGUUACAGAGUGCCAUGAAAGAUCUGCAGGAAGCUAUAUUUUUGGAGCCAUUGUUUCUCAAUGCCUACUGGCACCGACAUUUCAUUUAUCUUUUUCAAGACAAAAUUAAUGAAGCUUUGGAUGAUUUGAAUUAUAUAAAUAAAUACAAUAAAAAUAAUGGAGAGGCAUAUUUGUCAAAGGCAGAAAUUUUCAGGAGAAGAAACAACAUUACUUUAGCAAUUCUAAACUAUACCCAGGCAAUUAAAUGCAAGCCCACAGAUGCCGAUAUAUAUUUCAGGAGGGGUGAGAUGCAUGAAAUAGGAAACAAAGUACUGGCCAUUGAUGACUUUUCUAGAUGUAUUUUUUAUGAUCCCAAAAGAACAGAUGCGUUAUUAAAACGUGGGAUGUUUUACUAUGAAAAUGAAAACUGGAUUUCAGCCAUACAAGAUUUUACAGCUCUAUUAAUUAUAGACCCCCAAAAUUCUCAAGCCAGGACAUACAGAGGAAGAGCAUAUUUUAAACGGCAAUAUUAUAAACAAGCAACUCAAGAUUUUUCUGUGGCAAUUCACUUAGAUCCUAAUAACUGGCUAGCUUUGUAUUACAGAGCCUGCUUAUUUAGAAAGAGUAGCCCCUUUAGAGCACUGCAGGAUUAUAGUGUUUCAGCUCUCAUAAAUGAUGGCUAUGAGAAUCUUGGUUGUUUUCUACAUCGGGGCAUACUCUAUGCAGAUCUAAAACUUUGGUUGCUGGCAAUCUGUGACUUUGAAACUGUUAUUUCUCUAGAAAGAACCCUUAUUUUGGCUUACAUAAAUAUUGGCCUCAUACAUCUGCUAUACUUGGAUAACUACUUUGAAGCCACUUUGCAUUUUUCUGAGGCUAUUAGACUUGAUCCUUUAUAUAUUCAAAGCUAUAUUUGUCAAGCAGAAACCUAUCAGAAGUUACAUAAACCAAAAGAGGCAGUAAGAGAGUUAUCGCGUGCUAUCCACCUUCAGCCAGAUGGAAUCCAAUUAUAUAUAAUAAGAGGACAAUAUCUUCUUAUGAUGAAAUGUUAUGAUCUUGCAAAGUUUACUAUUUAUCAAGUAGCAGAAAUGAACAAAGGUCUCAUUGAGUUGAGUCCUAUACAGCAAGCACUCAUUUAUUCAUUUUGUGAAAACCAUGACAAGGCCAUCCAGGUCUUGGAUAGAAUCACUUUGAACAGGCCUGAGCUCACCAUGUAUAUUCUACUAGCAAAAGCCCAAAUGAAGGCCAAGAGAAACAAGGAAGCUGUGAGAAUGUUUAAAAAGGCGUUGGAUAUCUUUUCUCAUUCUGACAAAGGACCAAAUGCCGUAGCAGCUUCAGCAGACUGUCUGUAUAACUUGGGUCUUUGUUACAUGGAAGAAGGCAACAUACAAAUGGCUUUUGAUUGUUUUACAAAAGCUGUGAAAGCAAGUCCUGAUUUUGCAGAAGGCUUUUAUCAACGUGGGCUUUGUAAAGUAAAACUCCACAAGGAUAGCUCGGUCCUGGAUUUUAAUCGUGCAAUUACCCUCAAUCCAAAACAUUACCAGGCAUACUUAAGCCGAGUAGCCUUCUAUGGUUUGAAAGGCAGAUACUCCAAAGCAAUCUUGAAUUGUAAUGAGGCCAUCAAAAUUUAUCCUCAGAGUGUGCGUGCCUAUAUCUACAGAGGAGUUCUGAAAUACUACAACAAGACUUAUAAGCUAGCGAUAACAGAUUUAACUACAGCUAUCAAUAUAGACAAAAAUAGUUAUGUAGCAUUUUAUAACAGAGCAUUAUGCUACACCAAGAUAAACGAACUUCGAAUGGCAUUAAUAGAUUAUGGAAUUGUGCUUCUUCUUGAUGCUGGAGAAACUGUGACUUUAAAUACUUUCAUUAAUCGUGGACUCAUCUACGUAGAGUUACAGCAGUAUAGUUUCGCAUUGGAGGAUUUUAAACAAGCUGCACUGAUAAGCAAGACUAAUGUGAGCCUUUGUCAAGCAACUGCCAUGUGCUAUCACAGAAAUAAAGAGUUUGAAGAAGCUGUUAAUUUCUUCACUUGGGCUCUUAAAAUUAAUCCAUGCUUUCUGGAUGCUUAUGUUGGACGGGGAAAUUCUUACAUGGAAUAUGGUCAUGAGAAAGCCACCAACCAAGCACAGAAGGACUUUCUGAAAGCACUGCACAUUAAUCCAACAUAUAUAAAAGCCAGAAUUAGCCUGGGUUAUAAUUUGCAGGCCCAAGGAAAAUUCCAGAAAGCUUGGAAUCACUUUACCAUUGCCAUAGAAGUUGAUCCAAAAUGCUGUUUAGCCUAUGAAGGAAGAGCCGUGGUCUGUCUUCAGAUGGGUGAUUAUUUUGCUGCAAUUCAAGACAUUAAUGCUGCCAUGAAGAUCAAUACUACAGCAGAAUUCUUAACAAAUCGUGGUGUGAUUCACGAGUUUAUGGGUCAAAAACAGAAUGCAAUGAGAGACUAUCAAGCAGCAAUUUCUCUAAACCCCACAUAUUCACUGGCUUACUUUAAUGCAGGAAAUAUCUAUUUUCACCACAGGCAGUUUUCCCAGUCACAUGAGCAUUUGACUGGGAGUGAGGAGGCCAGUGACUACUUCUCAAAAGCUUUAAGGUUUGAUCCAGAAAAUGAAUAUGCUACCAUGAAUCGAGCGAUUGCAAAUACAAUAUUAGAAAGAUACAAAGAAGCCAAAGAAGAUUUUGCACAUGUGGUUGAAAGCUGUCCCUUCUGGGCCGCAGUAUAUUUUAACAGAGCACACUUCUACUGUUGUUUAAAGCAAUAUGAACUAGCUGAGGAAGACCUAAGUCAAGCCCUGUCUUUGACGCCUGACGAUGCUCUAGUGUAUAAACUUAGAGCUGAGGUUCGUGGUAAAAUAGGUCUGACUGAGGAAGCUGUGGCUGACUAUAUUCAAGCACUCAACCUUCAAGAAUAUGCCUCAGGGAUAUGAUUACAGGGACCAUGGUUUCUGUAGCAAUCUACACAGCUCUUCUUCCUGAAAUUGAAACUUAUUUGUUGUUUCAAAGGUUGCACUAUUUUCAUUAUUGCAUUCAUUAUGUUUUAUUAUCUGUAUAACACUUUAAUUCAUUUUAACAAUAUAUUUACAUAUUAAUUCUAAGACUUCUAGAUCAUUUUCUGCACAUUUGAAAAAACUAGUAAUAACUGAAUUUCUUCAUGAGGUGCAGAAUUCAAAUUGGAAUGUUUCUUUGGGAAUAUUAACAUUUAAAAUAUUUUCUUUAAAGUAAAAUAAUUCCUUUUGAAACACUAUAAUCUUCAUGAUUAUAGAAAAAGUAUCAUUGAUCUUUUCAUCAAUACCUGUUCAUGAUGUAGUUGACAGUAUCCAGGUUUAAAAAAAAUAAAUGCAGAGCUUAUGGCUAUAAAGAAAUUAAGUACAUUUCUUCUCUCUUCCUGUAAACAACAUCUACACAGGCCCCUAUUUUUCCUGGUACUUGGGUUAUUCCACUGGAUAAACACGUUUCUCUUUUACAUGUUUCCUCCCUUCCAACACAGCACCUAUAAAAAUUUUGACCUUCCCGUUUCCUCGAUAUAGUUCUUUUUACCCCUUUGAUGAAAGUUUCAUAAACAUAUAUAAAAACUUUGUAUACAUUUAUAAUUAGUGCUUCAAAGAAGUUAAUGAGUAAAAAUU